AUGGGUCGCCGAUCUGCCCGGGGCCGAGCUGGGCCCCGCAUCCGCGACAGUGGCCAUGGUUCCACGGGGUCGCCAAGUGGCAUGGCGAUCGCGAAGGCUGUGUUCCAAAGCGCGGGCGCCGCGCACCUGCUGAGCGACAGGACCUGCUCGCUGACGAACGCAUGGCACCUGACCACCAGCCAGACGACAACGCCGAUGCUGCAGCACGGGAACUACAGAGCCCACCACGACGCACACGAGUCCCGCGCUACAGCCGCCGCCCAGCCCCGACCCCAGCAUCACCACCACCACAUCCACUCCCAGUUUGCGAAGGACCACCACUGGAAGCAGAGCAUCAAUUUCAACAUCAUCACGAACAUAGAGCGCCAGCACGUGCAGGAGUACAACAAGACGAUCUUGAAUUGCUGGACGCUGAACUUCAAUUUCAACAACAACACGGACACGGCGGGCCAGUACAUGCAGGAGCACACCACGCAGACCAUGAAUUGCCACCAGUGGAACAAUGGCGCGCUGACAUUGAAUUACCACCUGGAAUUGAUUUUCGACAUGAACGGGAACCAUGCGACGAACGACCUGAACAUCAAUUUCCAGCCCGACGACCCGCCGACGCCCCCCCGCCUGGCCCUCUGGAACCCCCACGCCGCCCUGACCCUGACGUACCUCCAUACUGACAAUGCGAUCGGCAGCUACCAGGCCAGCGACGAGACCGAGUUCGGACGCUUUAUCCACGACCAGAUGCUGAUCCAUCAAUUGACAGCCAUCAAUACGCACAUCGACGUCGUGAAAUACGUGAAGUUGAAUUGGAAGAUCCACGCCAAACUACGCAGCCUACUGCACGUUGCCGAUCACGUCCCCAUGAUCAUGCAGAUCAAGAUGCCUGUCAGCGGUGCCAACAUCAAGAACAAUAACAUCCGCUGGGACUUCGGCCUUCUUGCUGCUGGGCUCCAGACGGGCGCCCACCGCGCCGCCUUCCUCAAUGACGUCUACGCCGAGAUCAGCAAACACAGGGAGGUCAUCCGAGUUGUCAAGAUGGAUCAUCAGGCGGUCGCUAUCGGCAAAAAAAAAAGGAAAAGCCCCACUGGCAACGUGAUCCAGGGUGAGAUCUCCGCAGACCCGAACGUGCACCCGUGGGCCAAACAGCUCGCGGACGAUUUGAUGUGCCUAUCGUCACACGAUUGGCGAGAGCUUUCAGGCAUCGACCACUACGACGGCUACGAGCAGCACAGCGUCCAGCAGCAGAAGUACAUGCAACAUCGCAAGGGACACCUCGAGUGGCUACUGUUUCCUCUACUCCUACUCUUCCUGUACUACCUCCUGGACCAGGGGAUGACGCCCAAGCAGAGAGCGGCGUGGCGACUCCCGCUGGACUCCUCCCAGGGCUCGAAGGGCUCUGGCGCCGCCUCCAGUGCCGCUGCAGCAGCCACGCCCAUCGAGGUGGACGAGGAAGACAACGGCGAGAAGGACAAAAAGACCGACCAGUCCAGCCGACGCCCAGCUCGCCGCGGAGGACGCCGCGGGCGCCGAGGCAAUCACAACCCCAAGGUCUGGACCAGCAAGGACAAGAAUUUGAUGGACUUGCUACGGUCGACCUUGAAGCUGCUGCUCCAGACGACACACAAAACCAGGCUGAACAGCAGCAUCAGCACGGACGCAUACACGAUGAGCAACGAGCAUCCAGUGACCAUAGCCAUCACGCAGGAGCUCGAGGGCUACAUGCACACCCUGGACUCCCUCAGGAAGAGCGGCACCCCAGAGGACAAGAAACGCUUGCAGGAGAUAGGGCCGAGGGCCAAGCGGUACAUCACAGAGGCGUGGCCCCAGCGGGAUGGCUCGAGGAAGAAGUAG